ACUGCUUGCAGGCGCGGCUCCCGGCCAGAGCCAGCGAGCGGAACGGGCGCCUCGGCUGCUGCGCCUCCUCCGAGAACCGGUGGCGCGCCCCCCUUCCCCCCAACGCCGGGCCUGCCGGGUCCCGGGUCCCGGCGUGCGUCCAGCAGCUUCACAGCGGGAGGGCGCAACUUUCCCCCGGUCCCGGGCGGGGCGGGGACGGCAGCGGGACAACUUGGAAAACUUCUCCGGAGAGGACGGCAGGGACGCCGGGUGUCGGUGGAAGAGGAUGUAGGAGGGCGGUGGCUGGCCCCAGGCAUCCCUCCAUCUCCUUGGCCGGGUUCGGCCUGGCCAUGGGGCUCCAGCGCCUUGUGCGCCGCCAGGGGGUCGAUCCCCCCUUCUAGACGAGCUGCGUAGGACAGUACCGUCUCCGGCUGAGCACGCCCUGGGCGAGCAGCGACCCCUCUGGCCGCGUCCCGCCCCGUCAUGGACCACCAGGAGCCCUACUCGGUGCAGGCCACCGCGGCCAUCGCGGCGGUCAUCACGUUCCUCAUCCUUUUCACCAUCUUUGGCAACGCGCUGGUCAUCUUGGCUGUGUUGACGAGUCGCUCGCUGCGCGCCCCGCAGAACCUGUUCCUAGUGUCGCUGGCCGCCGCCGACAUCCUGGUGGCCACGCUCAUCAUCCCUUUCUCGCUGGCCAACGAGCUGCUGGGCUACUGGUACUUCCGGCGCACGUGGUGUGAGGUGUACUUGGCGCUCGACGUGCUCUUCUGUACCUCGUCCAUCGUGCACCUGUGCGCCAUCAGCCUGGACAGGUACUGGGCCGUGAGUCGGGCCCUGGAGUACAACUCCAAGCGCACCCCACGCCGCAUCAAGUGCAUCAUCCUCACCGUGUGGCUCAUCGCAGCUGUCAUCUCCCUGCCGCCGCUUAUCUACAAGGGCGACCAGGGGCCCCAGCCUCGUGGGCGCCCGCAGUGCAAACUUAACCAAGAGGCCUGGUACAUCCUGGCCUCUAGCAUCGGAUCUUUCUUUGCACCCUGCCUCAUCAUGAUCCUGGUCUACCUGCGCAUCUACCUGAUCGCCAAGCGCAGCCACCGCAGAGGUCCCAGGGCCAAGGGCCGCCCUAGGGAGGGUGAGUCUAAGCAGCCCCGCCCCGUCCCUACUGGAACUUCAACCAAAAUGCCAACCCUGGCCUCUCUGGCUGCUCCUGGAGAGGCCAAUGGUCACUCCAAGCCGACUGGGGCGAAGGAGGAGGGGGAGACCCCUGAAGAUCCUGCGACCCCUGCCUUGCCACCCAGCUGGCCGGCCCUUCCCAACUCAGGCCAGGGUCGGAAGGAAGGUGUUUGUGGGGCAUCUCCAGAGGAAGACGCUGAGGAGGAGGAGGAAGAGUGUGAGCCUCAGGCCUUGCCGGCAUCUCCUGCCUCCGCCUGUAGCCCACCCCUGCAGCAGCCACAGGGGUCCCGGGUGCUGGCAACACUACGUGGCCAGGUGCUCCUGGGCAGGGGCGUGGGCACCUCGAGCGGGCAGUGGUGGCGGCGGCGGGCGCAGCUGACUCGGGAGAAGCGGUUCACCUUUGUGCUGGCCGUGGUCAUCGGCGUUUUUGUGCUCUGCUGGUUCCCCUUCUUCUUCAGCUACAGCCUGGGUGCCAUCUGCCCACAGCACUGCAAGGUGCCCCAUGGCCUCUUCCAGUUCUUCUUCUGGAUCGGCUACUGCAACAGCUCGCUGAACCCCGUCAUCUAUACCAUCUUUAACCAGGACUUUCGCCGUGCCUUCCGAAGGAUCCUUUGCCGCCAGUGGACCCAGACGGCAUGGAGCAGCACAUGUGCUCGUAACAAACUUAUGAGCUGAACGUGAAUAUGAAUGUAAACAGCUGGCGAACCGAGACGUGCUCACUCCUCGCUCAAGCAGAGAAGCACCUCUAGCUGAAGAGACCAUUGUCCUUCACUGGCAUUCGAUUCACCCUACUGAUUCUCGGCCAUCUCCCUAUCCUGUAACUUGUACCACAUAUCUACCCACCUGGAUAUCCAUCGUACCUUUUGGUAACUUCCAAAGUAAGUUGCAGACAUCAGUACUCUUCUCCUGCCGCUCCC